GAAGUGUCAGCAGACAGACCGGAGGAGGACGGGAGGCUGCCAGGUCGCUGGAGGAGAGAAAAAAUAUAUAUUAGCUCUCCAGAAAUACCGAAAGACGACUAAGUUUUUUUUUGUUUGUUCAGAAUGCGUCUGUAAUUCGCCGUUUUAUCACCGAGCUUUUGAUUAAAAAAAAAAAAAAAAAAAAAGAAUAAGAAGAAGAAAGCUUCGCUGUUUUGCUUUAUUCCUGGAGAGCUUAAUUCACCUCGUUUCCAACAUGAUCGGGAGCGGACUGCUUCUUCUCACUAUUUUGUCCAACUGCGUUCUGUCAUUGCCAGUGACUUCAAGUCAGCUGGAGAAUGAGGACGUGGAGGUGAUGAGAUGUAUCGUCGAGGCGCUGGCUGAUGUUCUGUCAAGACCGAAGCAAGUUCCUGUCAGUCAGGAAUGUCUAAACACUCUGAAGACCGACGAGAAGCUCCUCACCAUCCUCCGGCACCAUAACUUUCUGAAGGAGCUGCAGGAGAUCGCUGCUCAAGGUGAUCAUGAGAGAGGUCAGCUGCUGAAAAACAAGGAGAAGCCAACUUCAGGCACACAAGUCCCUCAAACUACAGCUGAUGGUGCAGAUCGAUCCAUGUUGGAAGCUCUGGGAGGACCCGGCGAGCGAUCCAUCCUGUCCCAGAAGAAGAGGUCAGGAGACGGCGGAGAGCAGAAGGAUGGGACCGAGGAAGAGUCACGGGAGGACGACGAAGCCGAAGAGGAUGUAAAGAGGGACGAAGACAAGGCUGAACGCGAUGAGGACCAGAUAAGCUCGGAGGAGAAUUCAGAAGAGGAAGAUGAGAGAGGUGAUCAGUCUAAUAAAAGAGAGGAUCCAAAACAAAAGACGGCGGGGACAGAAACCGAGGAGAGAAGCGACAAGAGGUCCGCGGUCUUCUCACAAAAACACGAUGGCAAGGAAGAAACGGAGGAGCAGACGGCAGUAAAAAGAGGGAGCAGGGAAAGCCUAAAUCACUUAACCCAGAGGGCCCGGAACUGGCAGCAGAAGAAGAAAGCAGGAGGAGAGGAAGAGCCUCGGUUGGGCAGCCAGCAGGAAGUGUCUCACCAUUCGAAGGAGGAAGCAGAGGAAGAGAAGCAGAAGAAGAAAAGAGAUCCAGAUAGAACUCCAGAGGAGAGGGAGCUGCAGAUGAUAGCGCGAAGAUCGCCGGAGGAGAGGAAGGUGAUGGAGGAAGAAGGGAGUGGCACCAGGAAGUCAGAGGAGCCUGAGAUUGAGAGUCUGGCAGCCAUCGAGUCGGAGCUCGAAAACGUGGCCCAGAAACUCCACGAGCUGCGGCGGGGCUGAACGGGAGAGCGGCACAAAAUCCGACACCGCGGUCUGCCUCCUCGUCCUUCUGCGCUUCACCAGACGCCUGGUUUCCAUAGAUAGAUUGUGCAAAUGUGUGACAAGGUUUUAGUAUCAAUCUCCUGUUUUUCCUCCAAGAUGCUGCUCUGCUUCUUUAGAGUUUUUUGGGUUUUUUUGUUAACACGGUUUCUCUCACAUAAAGUAGCACACAGUAGAUUGGAGCUAGAUUUGCAUUGAAACACAUUCCCACAUUGCAAAGACAAAUUCCUCGAGAUAUGUUUAUGUUUUAUGGCAGUCAUCUGCUCAUUCUGCACAUGCAUUUUGUCUGCUUGUCAGAUUACAAAUGAUUGAUGCGAAAGGUUGGGACUAAUCCGGGUAGGAUAAGGCUGAGAUUGUACACAAUAGCCUUGUGUAAGGAUAUAAAUCUCUCUCUGGGAUGGUAAUUUGCUUUGAAAGGAAAACAAAAAGAGAAAAGGAUAGAAAUUAUUCCCUGAUGUGAUAGAAACAACUAACCCCAAUCAAGCCAAGGCAAUAAGUUUAGAUUUUUAGCAGGAAAAUAAUUGUGUUUUAUUCUAACACUGUACUGAAUUUCUCUAAGAAAAUAAACAAACUGAUUCUGGAAGCCUC